AUGGCACUGCCCAGAUGCACGUGGCCAAGUUAUGUUUGGAGAGCAGUAAUGGCAUGCUUGUUACACAGGGGGCUGGGUGCCUCGUUGACUCUCUGUGUGUUGGCAUGUUUGCUUCAGGCUGCCCAUGUACUCUCCCAAAAGUUGGAUGAUGCAGAUCCACUGGUGACUACCAACUUCGGCAAGAUAAGAGGGAUUAAGAAAGAACUCAAUAAUGAAAUUUUGGGGCCUGUUAUUCAGUUUCUUGGGGUUCCAUAUGCCGCACCGCCAACAGGGGAACAUCGUUUUCAGCCUCCAGAGCCACCAUCUCCCUGGUCAGAUACCAGGAAUGCCACUCAAUUUGCUCCUGUGUGUCCCCAGAAUAUCAUCGAUGGCAGAUUGCCGGAAGUCAUGCUUCCUGUAUGGUUUACUAAUAACUUGGAUGUGGUUUCAUCAUAUGUACAAGACCAGAGUGAAGAUUGCCUGUAUUUAAACAUAUAUGUCCCAACUGAGGAUGUAAAAAGAAUAUCCAAGGAAUGUGCCAGAAAACCCGGCAAGAAAAUAUGUAGAAAAGGAGGUCCCCUUACAAAGAAACAGACAGAUGAUUUAGGUGAUAAUGACGGUGCUGAAGAUGAAGAUAUUCGGGACAGUGGGGGUCCUAAACCAGUGAUGGUGUAUAUCCACGGUGGCUCAUAUAUGGAAGGUACUGGAAAUUUAUAUGAUGGGAGUGUCUUGGCAAGUUAUGGCAAUGUGAUCGUCAUCACAGUCAACUACCGACUUGGGGUACUUGGUUUCUUGAGCACAGGAGAUCAGGCUGCAAAAGGAAACUAUGGACUCCUUGAUCUCAUACAGGCUUUAAGAUGGACUAGUGAGAACAUUGGAUUCUUUGGUGGUGACCCCUUAAGAAUCACUGUUUUUGGAUCUGGUGCUGGGGGUUCGUGUGUCAAUCUGCUGACUUUAUCCCAUUAUUCUGAAGGACUUUUUCAACGAGCAAUAGCUCAAAGUGGGACAGCCCUUUCCAGCUGGGCUGUUAGUUUCCAACCUGCAAAAUAUGCUAGGAUGUUGGCCACAAAAGUUGGCUGCAAUGUUUCAGAUACAGUAGAAUUGGUGGAAUGCCUGCAGAAGAAGCCUUACAAAGAACUUGUUGACCAAGAUAUUCAACCAGCGCGAUACCACAUAGCCUUUGGACCUGUGAUUGAUGGUGAUGUAAUACCAGACGACCCUCAGAUAUUGAUGGAGCAAGGAGAGUUUCUCAACUACGAUAUAAUGUUAGGAGUUAACCAAGGAGAGGGAUUAAAGUUUGUUGAAAAUAUAGUAGAUAGUGAUGAUGGUAUAUCAGCUAGUGAUUUUGACUUUGCUGUUUCCAAUUUUGUUGAUAAUUUAUAUGGAUAUCCAGAAGGCAAAGAUGUUUUGAGAGAAACCAUUAAAUUCAUGUAUACUGACUGGGCUGACCGUCACAACCCUGAAACCAGAAGGAAGACGUUAUUGGCCUUGUUUACGGACCAUCAGUGGGUGGCACCAGCUGUUGCUACAGCAGAUCUUCACUCAAACUUUGGCUCACCUACAUAUUUCUAUGCCUUUUACCAUCAUUGCCAAACAGAUCAGGUUCCUGCUUGGGCUGAUGCAGCUCAUGGAGAUGAGGUUCCCUAUGUACUAGGAAUCCCCAUGAUUGGACCUACAGAGUUAUUUCCUUGCAAUUUCUCCAAAAAUGACGUGAUGCUGAGUGCAGUUGUAAUGACAUACUGGACAAAUUUUGCUAAAACUGGUGACCCAAAUCAACCAGUUCCUCAAGACACAAAAUUCAUCCAUACCAAACCCAACCGCUUUGAAGAAGUAGCAUGGACCAGAUAUUCCCAGAAAGAUCAACUUUAUCUCCAUAUUGGAUUAAAACCAAGAGUUAAAGAACAUUAUAGAGCCAAUAAGGUGAACCUCUGGUUGGAGCUGGUACCUCAUCUGCAUAAUCUCAAUGACAUUUCUCAGUAUACCUCUACAACAACUAAAGUGCCAUCAACGGACAUCACUUUCAGACCUACGAGAAAAAAUUCUGUACCUGUCACAUCAGCCUUUCCCACUGCCAAGCAGGAUGAUCCCAAACAACAACCAAGUCCAUUUUCAGUGGAUCAGAGGGACUACUCAACAGAGCUGAGCGUUACUAUAGCAGUUGGAGCUUCACUGCUAUUUCUGAACAUCUUGGCAUUCGCAGCCCUGUACUACAAAAAGGAUAAGAGGAGACAUGAUGUUCAUAGGAGAUGCAGCCCUCAGCGUACUACUACCAACGAUCUGACCCAUGCACAAGAAGAGGAGAUCAUGUCCCUCCAAAUGAAGCACACUGAUCUGGAUCAUGAAUGUGAGUCCAUCCAUCCACAUGAGGUGGUUCUUCGGACCGCCUGCCCCCCAGAUUACACAUUAGCUAUGAGGAGGUCACCUGAUGAUGUUCCUUUAAUGACACCCAACACUAUUACAAUGAUUCCCAACACUAUACCAGGAAUUCAACCCUUACACACAUUCAAUACAUUUACCGGAGGACAGAACAAUACGCUGCCCCAUCCCCAUCCGCACCCCCAUUCACAUUCAACAACCAGGGUAUAG